AUGUCACAGGACCCAAACGCUCUUAAGAGAGCGUGGUACACAGGCCAUGAAGGAGCACACUCUUUACCUGUGGGGUCUCAAACCAUCGAUUCGAAGCUCGAACUCUCCGAAUCGCAGCAUCAGUUGCUCAAGCGUGUUAAGCGUCCCAGCGGCAAUGAGGAGCCGCUGGAAUUCGAAAAGGAGCUUUAUGAGAUGACAGAGCUGGCGCUGAACUUUCACGAGGAGUUGCAGAGUUGGAAAAGACCCCCCUUGCGCAAAGACUACGACAAGAAAGAUAUCAGUUUCCAGCAGCUAGAUGCCGAGGAGGCUACCAACGGGGAGGAGUCUAGUGCCCGCUUUUUCGGUAUCACUGAAGAAGGCAAUUCAAUUCUUUGUAAUGUUACCGGUUUCUUGCAUUAUUUUUAUGUCCCUGUCCCUAGGGGUUUCUUUCCUGAUCAGCAUUUGUCCCAGUUCGUGGCAUACAUGAAAGCCAACUAUUUUGGUAUUCACGACAUUGAAAUUGUGAGGAAGGAAUCGAUUUGGGGCUUCAACAAUAACACAAAAUCGCCUUUCUUUAAAGUUAUCGUGAACAAUUCUCGAAAUAUUACUAAGAUUAGAGGCGCCUUCGAGCGUGGCGAGGUCAGAUUCGAGCAGUUGUUCCCUUCUACAUGUGUCACCUACGAUAACAUUACCUACUUGCUCAGAAUGAUGAUCGACUGCGGAAUCACCGGUAUGUCGUGGAUAACGCUUCCUGCCGGCUCGUACUCCAUCAUAGAUAAAGACCUCAAAGUGUCCACCUGUCAGAUCGAGUGCACAGUUGAUUACCGUCAGUUAAUUUCGCAUCCUUCUGAAGGCGAAUGGCUAAAGAUGGCACCACUUCGUAUUAUGUCUUUUGAUAUAGAGUGUGCCGGUAGAAAGGGCGUAUUUCCAGAGGCACUGCAGGACCCUGUCAUCCAGAUUGCAAAUGUUAUUUCUAGGUACGGUGAGUCGCGUCCUUUCGUACGCAAUGUCUUCACUGUUAAAAGCUGUCUGCCAAUUAUUGGUUCCGAAAUCUUCUCGAAUGAAAAAGAAGAGGAUAUGCUUAUGGCAUGGCGUGACUUCGUCGUGAGAGCUGAUCCCGAUGUUAUAAUCGGGUAUAACACCGCCAAUUUCGAUCUACCUUAUCUCCUCGAUAGAGCUAAAGCACUCAACUUAUCAAAGUUUCCAUACUUCGGCAGGAUGGUCAAUAUAAGACAAGAGGCGAAGGAUUCCGUUUUCAGCUCUCGUGCUUACGGAACGCGUGAAAACAAGGUUGUCAACAUUGAUGGAAGAAUGCAGCUUGAUUUGUUACAGUUCAUUCAAAGAGAGUACAAGUUGAGGUCUUACACAUUGAACUCCGUUUCUGCUCACUUCUUGGGUGAACUAAAAGAAGAUGUUCAGCAUUCGAUUAUUACCGAUCUUCAAAAUGGCACAGCAGAAACAAGAAGACGUUUGGCAGUGUACUGUUUGAAAGAUGCCUACCUUCCCUUACGUUUGCUCGAAAAAUUGAUGUGUCUAGUCAACUACACUGAGAUGGCGAGAGUUACAGGUGUUCCUUUCUCAUAUCUUUUGGCACGAGGACAGCAGAUUAAGGUCAUUUCUCAGCUCUUUAGAAAAUGUUUACAGGAAGAUAUCGUUGUGCCAAACCUAAAGAGUGAGGGAGGAAACGAGGAGUAUGAAGGUGCUACAGUUAUUGAACCCAUAAGAGGAUAUUAUGAUGUUCCAAUCGCAACAUUGGAUUUCAGCUCUUUGUAUCCUUCAAUCAUGAUGGCGCACAACUUAUGCUACACCACCCUUUUGAACAAACAAUCUAUCAAAGCAUUCAAUCUAACAGAGGAAGAUUAUACCCAUACCCCAAACGGUGACUACUUUGUCAAGAGCACGAAGAGAAAGGGAAUCUUGCCAACAAUUCUUCAUGAGUUGUUGACAGCCAGAAAGAAAGCCAAGGCAGACCUCAAAAAAGAGCAAGAUCCUUUUAAAAGAGACGUGCUCAAUGGUAGACAAUUGGCCUUGAAGAUUUCUGCAAAUUCUGUGUAUGGUUUUACUGGUGCUACUGUCGGUAAGUUGCCAUGUCUUGCAAUCUCAUCAUCUGUUACCGCCUUUGGUAGAGAAAUGAUUGAAAGAACCAAAAAUGUUGUGCAAGAAAAGUACAACACAGCAAAUGGUUACACUUAUGAUGCUCAGGUCAUCUAUGGUGAUACAGAUUCUGUGAUGGUGAAGUUCGGCCAUCAAGAUUUGGAAACAUGCAUGAAGUUGGGAGAAGAAGCGGCAGCAUUCGUCUCCACCCAUUUUAUCAAUCCCAUCAAGUUGGAGUUCGAAAAAGUUUACUUCCCGUACCUUUUGAUUAACAAGAAGAGAUAUGCCGGCUUAUAUUGGACGAACCCAGAGAAGUUUGACAAGAUGGACACUAAAGGUAUCGAAACUGUUAGAAGAGACAAUUGUCGUUUGGUGCAAAAUGUCAUCACCAGGGUUUUGGAAUACAUCUUAGAAGAACGAAACGUUCCCAAGGCCGAGAAAUUUGUUAAGCAAACCAUUGCCGAUUUAUUGCAGAACAGAGUGGAUUUGUCUCAGUUGGUCAUCACGAAAGCGUUCUCGAAGCAUGAAUACGACAGUAAACAAGCACAUGUCGAGCUCGCGAAGCGAAUGAGGAAAAGAGACGCUGGCUCGGCCCCAACUUUGGGUGAUAGAGUUGCUUAUGUCAUAAUCAACUCGUCCAGCUCCAAGAACUACGAAAAAUCGGAGGACCCGCUCUAUGUAUUGGAAAACUCUCUAGCUAUCGACGUGAAAUACUAUUUGGAGAAUCAGCUUUCUAAUCCAUUGUUAAGAAUAUUCGAGCCCAUACUCGGAGAAAAGAAAGCAAAAGAGCUACUUGCUGGUGCUCAUACAAGAACUAUCAAGAUGAGUGCUCCGAAAGGUGGAGGCUUGAUGAAGUUUGCAAAGAAAGCUGAGCUCUGCAAGAACUGCAAAGCCCCAUUGAAAUCAAACAAUAAGGGCGCGCUUUGUGAAAAUUGCAUUUCCAAAGCUCCUGAGCUAUAUUGUGACGCAUUGGCUCAGAUGAAUUACUUGGAAAAUAAGUUUUCCAGACUAUGGACCGAGUGUCAGAGAUGUCAAGGGUCAUUACAUCAAGAAGUCCUUUGCUCUAACAAGGAUUGUCCAAUUUUCUACAUGCGGAAAAAGGCAGAGAAGGAUGUUACACAGCAAGCUCAAGAGCUACAGAAGUGGGACGAGACAGUAUGGUAG